CUCGGAGAGAGCGCGAGAGAAAAAACAAAUAAGGAGUCCACCCAUUUCAGUUUGCUACGCAGUCGGUGGUAUCUUUUUUUUGUUUCUUCUAAUUUUCUCUCUUUUCCUUACACUCGCCGGAUCUCGGCGAUCUUAUCGGAAUUCGUAAAUCUAGGAUCGGAAACCAGCAAUGAAUCGCCACCACGAUCCAAACCCUUUCGAUGAGGAAGAAGAAAUCGUCAAUCCCUUCUCGAAAGGCGGUGGUAGGGUUCCUGCUGCGUCUAGGCCAGUUGGAUUUGGCCAGAGCCUCGAUGCUACUGUUGAUAUUCCACUCGAUACGAUGAAUGACUCUUCACAGAAACAGAGAAAGCUUGCAGACUGGGAAGCAGAGCUUAGGAAGAAAGAAAUGGAUAUUAAGCGAAGAGAGGAUGCUAUUGCUAAAUCUGGUGUCCAGAUAGAUGAUAAAAACUGGCCACCGUUUUUCCCAAUCAUACACCAUGACAUUGCUAAUGAGAUACCAGUUCAUGCUCAGAAGCUGCAGUAUCUGGCUUUCGCUAGUUGGUUAGGUAUAGUUUUGUGUCUGGUGUUCAAUGUCAUUGCAACAAUGGUCUGCUGGAUUAAAGGCGGAGGUGUUAAAAUCUUUUUCCUUGCCACAAUAUAUGCGUUGAUCGGAUGUCCACUUUCGUAUGUACUGUGGUACAGGCCUCUCUACCGAGCAAUGAGGACUGACAGCGCUUUGAAGUUUGGUUGGUUUUUCUUCUCCUACUUGAUUCACAUUGGCUUCUGCAUUGUUGCCGCCAUUGCCCCUCCGAUUUUCUUCCAUGGAAAAUCAUUGACGGGUGUGCUUGCAGCAAUUGAUGUCAUCUCAGACAGUGUAUUAGCCGGGAUCUUUUACUUUAUCGGCUUUGGUCUCUUCUGCUUGGAGUCACUUUUGAGUCUAUGGGUUCUUCAGAAAAUCUACCUCUACUUUAGGGGGAACAAGUAAAAAAAGAAGGGAGAGAGGAUGAUGGUAAUUUUCCCUUUGAUAAAAAGGUUUGAAAUAUGUGUAUCUCGUCAGAAUGUAAUUACCAUUUUACCAUUAAAUGUGUUGUGUCGAGGUAAAUUUCUUUUAGUUACUAUAGUUGCAAGAGAGAGAUACAGUGGUUGUUCGGCCAUUUCUGUAGGUUUUUUCUCUUCUGCUCUUCUUCCGUUUGUAAUAACACUUAGUACCCAAUAUCGUCUCUUAAAAUCUGGGUUUUUUUUUU